AUGUCUUUCCUUGCAUUGUUCAACAAGUCAGCGCAGCCACUGCGUUACAAGCUGCUCACCCGUUUAACUGCCUAUAAUGGCUCUAUCCAUGCACUUGCGAUUUCUAAUGAUGGACACCUGCUUGCAUGCGGUGGAACCGAGGGAAUCAAACUCUGGGAUAUCACAUCGCGGAAAGAACUCACAUCUUCGUCCAAUCAUCAUGAAUCAAGGGGAACAGUCAGUUGCGCAAUUUGGGCCACGACUAUGAAAACCACGGCAGAAACCCUCUGCUAUGGAACAGGCCUGGGUUAUAUUGUAUGUUUGCGACGCAGUCUCACAGAUGAAAAAUUCCAGGAAAUAUGUGCCAGGAGACUGGGAUCGGGUUUUGAGAUCACAUGCUUGUCAUGGCGUUCAACUUCCUCUGACAGCAACCUCUCGCAGCUCCAGCCUGUCUUCGCAGUGCGACUUGAAAAUACGGUGCCCAAGUCGGUAGCGUUCGCAGAUAACCGGAGCAUCUAUGUGUUCGGGCUCUAUGAUGGCAACUUCAUGAAACUGAAGGAUGAAGAUGGCGACAUAGUGCAAGAAAUUAGCUGCAAAUCAGUGAUUGGUCAUGCUGCGGUGUACUCCAAGCGGGGCGUGUUCGUUGUUGAUAAUGCAACAGACGGGUUUACAUUAUAUCGCCUUGAAGGUGAUGGUGAGCCUGUUCGAACGUUUGCAACUGGUUUGCCAAGCGUAUCGGUCCCGAAGCAAGUGGCAUUCGGGGAAGACGGCAAGACAGGGGAGACACUUCAAACCCUCCACCACGCGGACACUGGCCUUGUGCAAACAAUAUCUGCACGCGAUCUCAAUGGCCGCUGCACAAUUGCCAGCACUUCGCCCGUAUCCAAGGCGCCCUCAGGGGAUUACUGGUCCCUGUCGCACAUACUGGUUAUGUUGACACGACUACUGGCACUGCUAUCUAUGAGCGUCUUCCUGCUGAUAAAUUAUAGAGACAGCUUUUUGGAUAGCGCACUGAACCGUGUACAUGGGUACAUGACUUCGGCAACAAUGAUUAAUGUGGCUGAUGACUUUUCACAGCGUGUCCAAGCUGCCAUGAUAUUUGACGAGAAGGGCCUGACCGAAGGAUACGUCAAAAAUGACAUUAUGAUGCUCCGGGAAUUAGUGGCAAAGAUCAUGGAGCUAGCUCAAGAAGCGGAUGGAGCGAUCGACAAAGAUGACCAUAGGGGCAAGCGCGAUACUGAUUACCCGCGAGCAGCAAAAGGAGAUGAAGAGACGAAGGACCUAUCUCUCAUCCAGUACAUGUAG